AUGGAGGUCGGCUCCACAGAAGCCAGCAGCAGCUCCCAGGGAGGCACUGGCUGGAUGGAUCUUACCCUUGUCACCUGCACUGAAACGGUGACUUUCACUGAAGCGGUGGCAGAAGAGGAGCGGGGAUCAUUUUACUAUUCUUUUAAGACAGAGCAGCUGGUGACUCUUUGGAUUCUCUUUAUUGUCACAAUUUCUGGAAAUGCCAUCGUGCUCUUCUCUACCUGGAGGAGGAAGCGGAAAUCUCGAAUGACCUUCUUCGUUACACAGUUGGCAAUCACAGAAAGACAGGCGAAAGUUCUUAUUGGAGUGGCCUGGAGCCUCUCCUUCCUGUUUUCCAUACCGACUCUGAUUAUUUUUGGGAAACGGCAGCUCUCCAAUGGGGAAAUGCAGUGCUGGGCUCUGUGGCCUGAUGAUUCCUACUGGAUACCCUACAUGACGGUGGUGGCUUUCCUGGUGUACUUCAUUCCUCUGAUCAUUAUCAGCGUCAUAUAUUCAAUUGUGAUUCAAACCAUCUGGAUGAAGAGCAAAGCUCAGGCUGUCAUCAUAUCCAGCUGCCCUGGUGGCAAAACCUCUGCUGGCUACACCAGUCGUGGGUUCAUAUCCAGGGCAAAAGUGAAAGCGAUCAAGUACAGCAUCGUAAUUAUCAUUGCAUUUGUUCUCUGUUGGAGCCCUUACUUUCUUUUUGAUAUCCUGGACAACUUCAACAUACUCCCUGAGACCAAAGAGCGCUUCUAUGCAUCUGUGAUUAUUCAGAACCUGCCAGCCUUGAACAGUGCCAUCAACCCCCUCAUCUACUGCCUCUUCAGCAACCACCUCUGCCCCCCUUUCGAGGAAAGAAGGACUCAAAGGCUGGGGGGGACAUUCCGGGACAGGAGUGAUGGAAGGCAGGAGAUGCAUGUCCUGUCCAAACCAGAAGACAUCUAG